CCAUGCAGCUUACAACAGUGUCAUCCACUUCUGCCCAGUCUGCAGCUUCCACAGUGGGUCCAGCUUCUACAGUGUCAUCCACAUCUGCUCAGUCUACAUCUGCUCAGUCUGCAGCGUCUACAGUGUCUACAGCUUCUACAGUGUUAUCCACAUCUGCUCAGUCUACAUCUGCUCAGUCUGCAGCUUCUACAGUGUCAUCCACUUCUGCCCAGUCUGCAGCUUCCACAGUGGGUCCAGCUUCUACAGUGUCAUCCACAUCUGCUCAGUCUACAUCUGCUCAGUCUGCAGCGUCUACAGUGUCUACAGCUUCUACAGUGUCAUCCACAUCUGCUCAGUCUGCAGCUUCCACAUUGGGUCCAGCUUCUACAGUGUCAUCCACAUCUGCUCAGUCUACAUCUGCUCAGUCUGCAGCUUCCAUAGUGGGUCCAGCUUCUACAGUGUCAUCCACAUCUGCUCAGUCUACAUCUGCUCAGUCUGCAGCGUCUACAGUGUCUACAGCUUCUACAGUGUCAUGUCAUCUGCACAUCUGCUCAGUCUACAUCUGCGUCUCAGUCUCUGCAGAGUCUACAGUGUCUACAGCUCCACAGUGUCAUCCACAUCUGCUCAGUCUGCAGCUCUGCAGCACAUUGGGUCCAGCUUCUACAGUGUCAUCCACAUCUGCUCAGUCUACAUCUGCUCAGUCUGCAGCUUCCACAGUGGGUCCAGCUUCUACAGUGUCAUCCACAUCUGCUCAGUCUACAUCUGCUCAGUCUGCAGCGUCUACAGUGUCUACAGCUUCUACAGUGUCAUCCACAUCUGCUCAGUCUGCAGCUUCCACAUUGGGUCCAGCUUCUACAGUGUCAUCCACAUCUGCUCAGUCUACAUCUGCUCAGUCUGCAGCUUCCACAGUGGGUCCAGCUUCUACAGUGUCAUCCACAUCUGCUCAGUCUACAUCUGCUCAGUCUGCAGCGUCUACAGUGUCUACGGCUUCUACUGUGUCAUCCACAUCUGCUCAGUCUACAUCUGCUCAGUCUGCAGAGUCUACAGUGUCUACAGCUUCUACAGUGUCAUCCACAUCUGCUCAGUCUGCAGCUUCCACAUUGGGUCCAGCUUCUACAGUGUCAUCCACAUCUGCUCAGUCUACAUCUGCUCAGUCUGCAGCUUCCACAGUGGGUCCAGCUUCUACAGUGUCAUCCACAUCUGCUCAGUCUACAUCUGCUCAGUCUGCAGCGUCUACAGUGUCUACGGCUUCUACUGUGUCAUCCACAUCUGCUCAGUCUACAUCUGCUCAGUCUGCAGAGUCUACAGUGUCUACAGCUUCUACAGUGUCAUCCACAUCUGCUCAGUCUGCAGCUUCCACAUUGGGUCCAGCUUCUACAGUGUCAUCCACAUCUGCUCAGUCUACAUCUGCUCAGUCUGCAGCUUCCACAGUGGGUCCAGCUUCUACAGUGUCAUCCACAUCUGCUCAGUCUACAUCUGCUCAGUCUGCAGCGUCUACAGUGUCUACGGCUUCUACUGUGUCAUCCACAUCUGCUCAGUCUACAUCUGCUCAGUCUGCAGAGUCUACAGUGCCUGCAGCUUCUACAGUGUCAUCCACUUCUGCUCAGUCUACAUCUGCUCAGUCUGCAGCUUCCACAGUGGGUCCAGCUUCUACAGUGUCAUCCACAUCUGCUCAGUCUACAUCUGCUCAGUCUACAACUUCUACGGUAUCUACUGCCUCGACAGUGUCAUCGACAUCUACACAGUCUACAGCUUCUACAGUAACUACAGCCUCUACAAAAUCUACAGCAGCUUCUGAACAAACAGCACCUGAUGUGCUAACAUAUCUGGAGUUUAAAUCCAGUGACACAUUUAUAGAUGCAUUCAGCGAUAACACCACUGAGGAGUACAAAAAUAGGUCUAACCUUGUCAGGGAACAGCUUGAGCCUGUCUACAAAAAUAAAUAUUCAAACUUCAACAGACUGUAUGUCCUAGGAUUCAGAAAGGGGUCAGUCAUCACAUCAACACAACUAGCUUUCAUUCUUAAUCAAAAUAUUCCAUCUGUCCAAGAGAUUGCGACAACUCUCGUGACAGCAGUGCAAAACGGAAAUGUCAGUUUGUUGAACAUAAAUCCUCAAUCAAUUUAUGUCAAUGGUUCAGCUCCAGCUACCAUUGUCACUACUGCAGCAACCAUAGCAGCUACAACUUCAGGUGGAUUAAAGACUGAAUCCAGUCUGCUCCAAGCAACAUCCCUCAUUAUUAUGUCUAAGCUGUUGUGGCUUUUCCUAUAGAUCCCUUAAACAUAUACCAAACAAAUAUAAGAGUUCAAUGAUAAACACUAUAACAUAUAAUUAAAAAACCAAAUGAAUUUAUUAUCAUUUCAUGGUAUAUAGGUACAUGAUUAUUUAUUGCAGCACACUCUGAAAUAAUGGUAUAGAGCAAUAUAAAGAUAAGUUUGAUUAUGCAUUUUUCCUCAAAAAUAUAAUUGUGGAUAUUUGUUUAACAGCAGGCUGUUCUGGGAGGGAGAAGUGGAUCUUUUUCCUCAUACAUUUCCUGAUGUAUGCUUUUAAAUGUAAACACUGUAAUGCUGUUUAACUGUUUUGAGGAUAAAUACUGGUCAUACUUAUUUUUCUUUUUUAAUCUAAUAACUUUUAAAAUGGCAAAGUUCUGUUUAUUUUUUAUUAUAAUAUUUAUUUUCAAUAUAUAUAUAUAUAUAUAUAUAUAUAUAUAUAUAUAUAUAUAUAUAUAUAUAUAUUCUAAAAUAUCUUCCUUUCAUGAAGGGACACUGCAAUACUAUACAUGCUAAACAUGACUUUUUGCAAUGCAGUGUUCACUGCUCAAAUGAUUCAACUUUAGUCACCUUUUUUUAUUGUAAGUAGGCUUGCAUGAAACAUUAGUUUGAUGAGCUGUAUGUUGAAAACUGGUAAUAUUUUGCAUUAAAAUCUAGCAAUGUUUGGCAUUACACAAGUCUCAUGGUCAGCUAUUAGUAGUUUAGAGUUAUAAUUAGAGUUAUAAUUUAUUGUCCUUUGCAGGAACUUGUCUUGGACUCAAAGCUGCAGCAAUACACAACAUCAAUCCAAAACAACACUUUGUUACUACAAUUUACUAUUUAAAAUCCCAAUAGAUACGGGUAUAAAUGAAUUCUUAUAGUGAUUACUUCAAUGGAACUUAUAGCGCUUCCCUUAUGGUAAUAAUUGAAGUAAAUAAAACAUGGCUUGAAUCA